AGGCGGGCCAAUCGCAAGACCCUCCGGCGGGAGUGUCAGAUAUUUUAGCCCAUGACUAUAGGCCCAUUAUGCUGCAACCUAAAGCCCAACAGUUAAUAUAGCAUUUUCUUACAACACCAAUCCUACGUCUCUCGUCUCUCUCGUCUCUCUCGUCUCGUUCCACUUAGACCUAAAAUCUUUUGGAUUCGUCGUUUGCUCCGCAAAGUACACAAAUGGAUGAAGCUGAAGAAGUACGUGUUGGUGCCAAACAAUCGGGUGAAGUGGAUCGGAUAAGCGAUUUGCCAGACUCGUUGCUAUGUCAGGUACUCUUGUUUCUUCGGACUAAGGAUGUGGUCAAAUGUAGUGUUUUAUCUAGAAGAUGGAGAGAUGUCUGGAAAUGCGUGCCUCGAUUGCACUUGGAUGAUUAUGAUUUCUAUGAACGAGGAAACGUUGAUUCGCAAAGCAGCAUGGACAAUUGCGUGCGUUUUGUCGAUAGAUUUCUGGGUCUUCACAGUGGGUUGUGCUUGGAAAGUUUUAGGUUUAACAGCCUUAUUGAUUGGGAUCGUGAGCCUGAUAAUGCUCUUAUCUGGCGGUGGAUGAACACUGUCCUCCAGCUGAAAGUUAAACAUAUUGACUAUUCUCAAGAUGCAAGGGACAGUGAUGAGCCUCAGAUACCUCCAGCCAUUUACACUUGUCAGACUUUGGAAUCCUUAGAUCUCUUUGGCGUAACCAUGUCCAGUCCCGAGUUUGUUUCUUUACCUUCUCUCAGAGUUCUCAAGCUAUGUUGUGUUAUAUUCCCCGACGAUUUGGCUUUGGAAACGCUCAUCUCAGGCUGCAAAGCUCUUGAAACCUUAAAUAUUACUCAUUAUCAGAAGGAUUCUGUUGUAAUUGAUGCUCCUAGGCUUAAGUUUCUCAUGCUACAUGCUGCUCGAACUGCAAGUUUCAUAAUAAAAAAUUCGGGUUCCCUUGUUAAGGUGGAUCUCGACAUUGUGUUUAGCUUGUCUGGUGGAAGCAAUUUUGAUCCAGCUGAUGUACCAAAGAGAAAUAUGAUUCGUAAUUUUCUUGGUAGCAUCUAUCUUGUCAAAGAUGUGAUCAUCUCAUCCAGGACUCUUGAGGUCUUCUAUGGCUACUCUAGAUGUGAACCACUGCCCUUAUUCUGUAACCUGUCUUCCUUGAAUGUGUUUUUCACCCACGACAGUUGGGAAAUGUUGCCAAACUUUCUUCACAGUUGCCCAAAUCUGAAAUCUCUUAUCGUGAAUUUACGUACUCGUCUGGACCCUGGGAGAAUCUAUAUGAUUCCUGGACCUUGGUGUGUCCUAUCAUCUCUCGAGUAUGUUCGGAUAAUGAGCCCAUUGAAAGGGGAGGAGAUGGAGAUGAAACUAGUGAGUUACAUUCUGGAGAACUCACCAAUCCUCAAGAAACUGACUCUGACUCUGAGCGUGGGAUGUUUCAGAAAGAAAGAAAAAUCUGUCAUCUUAAUGGAACUCAUCGCUAUUCCAAGACUCUCUACCUCCUGCCGAGUGAUCGUUCUCUGAUACUGAUUUUAUCUUGAGCAGUUUAGACAUUAUCUGGUGGUAGUCAUCAGACUUUUUAGACUAUGAAAUUUCAAGUUUAUUCGUUUGUGUUGUGAUGAUGUGUUGAAACCUCGUAAGAAAACCAUAUGUAUGGGUCAAAUUAGCAUCACUCCCUUUUUUUUGUACUUCUUACCAUUCCAAAGGCUCUCUACCUCAUGCCAAGUUGUGGUUUUCUGAUCCGUAUCGUUGUCGAUGACGAUGAACACACAAGUUUUUUUUUUUUUUUCUUUUUCUUUUUGGAUUAAGUUUAUUAAUGUGAACUCUAUAUUUCUUCUU